CGAAGGGGCGUGGCGGUCGCACCUGCGCGAGUUGGGGGAAGGAGGAGGGGCGAGGUGACGCAGGCGUAAUAAUAGAGAAGGUGCCAGAAAGAUCCAAAACAAGUGGCUGCGGCCGUCGCCCAGGAGUCGUCAGACGCCGGAACCCGGUGAGGAUCCAGAGAGGCCUGAGGGCGACUGGUGGCGGGCCCUGGUUCUGAGCUUGUGCCGCCCCCCUCCCCCGGGUAUGGCGCUGUCCGGGUUGACCCCGGCCCCGAGCUGGGAGGAGGAUGAAUGUCUGGACUACUACGGGAUGCUGUCGCUUCACCGUAUGUUCGAGGUGGUGGGCGGACAGCUGACCGAGUGCGAGCUGGAGCUGCUGGCCUUCCUGCUCGACGAGGCCCCCGGCGCGGCCGGCGGUCUGGCCCGCGCCCGAAGCGGCCUGGAGCUGCUGCUGGAGCUGGAGCGCCGCGGGCAGUGCGACGAGAGCAACCUUCGGCUGCUGGGGCAACUCCUGCGCGUGCUGGCGCGCCACGACCUGCUGCCGCACCUGGCGCGCAAGCGGCGCCGUCCAGUGUCACCGGAACGUUACAACUAUGGCACCUCCAGCUCUUCCUCAAAAAGGACAGAAGGCAGCCGCCGUCGCCGUCGCCACUCAAGCAGUACCUCAAAUGCCCAGCAGGGCCAAUGGGAGACAGGUUCCCCACCGACCAAGCGGCAGCGGCGGAGUCGGGGCCGGCCCAGUGGUGGUGCCAGACGGCGGCGGAGAGGGGCCCCAGCCACCCCCCAGCAGCAGCAGGAGCCAGCCAGACCUGCCUCAGAAGGCAAAGUGACCUGUGACAUCCGGCUCAGGGUGCGAGCAGAGUACUGUGAGCACGGGCCUGCCUUGGAGCAGGGCGUGGCAUCCCGGCGGCCCCAGGCGCUGGCCCGGCAGCUGGACGUGUUUGGGCAGGCCACUGCAGUGCUGCGCUCCCGGGACCUGGGCUCCGUGGUGUGUGACAUCAAGUUCUCGGAGCUCUCCUAUCUGGACGCCUUCUGGGGCGAUUACCUGAGUGGCGCCCUGCUGCAGGCCCUGCGGGGCGUGUUCCUGACUGAGGCCCUUCGUGAGGCCGUGGGCCGGGAGGCUGUCCGCCUGCUGGUCAGUGUGGACGAGGCCGACUACGAGGCUGGCCGGCGCCGCCUGCUGCUGAUGGAGGAGGAGGGAGGACGGCGCCCAACUGAGGCCUCCUGAUCCUGGACCUGGAAGGACUGAACCCACCUCCCAGCCUCCGGGCCACUUUCUCCCCCGGAGGACAUCCAUCUCUGCCCCUAGAGGACUGUCACUCCAGCAGCUCUGAGGACUGGACAGAUGGCCUGGCCCCUUGACAGCCUCUCCCACAGGAUGUGGGCUCUGAGGCCUAAACCACUUCCACCUGAGUUUUCUUCCCAGCCUUCCCCCGACCCUACCCCCAGGUGUGUUCCCUCAGCUUCAGGAGGCCAGGGGCACAGGCAUGCAGACCGGAAAGGAGGGAGGCACAUCUACACAUUCACCAAAGGCCCCCUGCACACCGUGUCCCUGACCCUGGGCUUUGUGCACACAUGCACACUGCCCCCUCUGGAAUUUCCCCUGGCUGCCCUGGCCUGCUCCACACAUGUCUUUGGCCUCAGGGCUUCUCUCUCAGGAUCUCUGAUUUUACUGCCCCCAACCCUGGACUCCAGCACCGCUGGGCCCUGGGGCUAGGGUGCAUGUGGGGCCUGCUCACCUUGCCCUCACAUCUCCACAGCCGGCCAGGGCUCUGCCCAGCUUCCAUACACAGACCUGGCUCCACAUCCUCCUGCCCCCCCAGAGUUGGACGUGCAGACUUGGACAUGGACCUGCACCCAGCGUGUCACACCGCAGUGCAUGUCACACCACAGUGCAGCAGCAUUAGACCAAGUGUGUUGCCUAUGGGGCCAGGAUCAGAAACCCAACUUCCUUCUCAGAAAGGGAAGGCAGAGGCUUGGGGCUGAUGGGAAAGGCCUUUUAUAAAUGGCGCCAAUAAAACUGCCCUGGACUGGGGCUUAGGGUGGGCA